CACUGCAUGCAGGUCCACCCUGGGGCUGGGUCCCUAGGGUGACGCUGAUGUCCCCAGCCCGCCCACGCCGCGGAGGGAACGCCCUUUGCACGCGGGGCGCCCCACCCAGGGUGACGAGGGCCCGCCCCGCCCAGCCUCGCUGUAGCGGCGCUCAAUUAACCGCGGCGUGAAACAACUCCAGCCACAGCCGGACACUCUCUUCUACCUGGGCCAUGGGCUGCGCGUGCGCGUCGGGGACUCGGCCGCCACCAACGCCACUGCAGCUGCUGUGGCUGCUGCCACUGCUGCUGCUGUCCCCGACCGUGCUGGGUAACUGCGGCCCACCUCCAGAAAUACCCAAUGCCACGCCAGAGUUGGAUAGAAACACCAAUUUUCCCGAGAAUAGCUUUGUGGAAUAUUCAUGUAAUAAAGGCUUUCAAAAAAUUCCAGACAAGGAAAACACAGUUGUCUGUCUUAAAAAUGGUCAAUGGUCUAGCUUCGAAACAUUCUGUAAUAAAAGCUGUGAUGCUCCAUCAAGGGUAUCUUUUGCAUCCCUCAAAAAGGAAUAUAUCAACUUGAAUUAUUUCCCGAUUGGUAGCACUGUGGAAUAUGAGUGUCGGCCAGGGUUUCAAAGAUACCCUUCAGCAUCAGGCAAAUCAACUUGCCUUGAGAAUUUAGAAUGGUCCAAAGUUGCUGAAAUGUGUAGAAAAAAAUCAUGUCCUAAUCCUGGAGAAAUAAGAAAUGGCCAUAUCAACAUAACAACUGACAUAUUAUUUGGUUCAGAAAUAUUUUUCUCAUGUGACACAGGGUACAAGCUAAUUGGUUCAUCCUCUGCCUACUGUUAUCUUACGGGAAAUACUGUUGGCUGGAGCGACCCACUUCCAGUAUGCACAGCAAUUUUUUGUCCAGAUCCACCAAAAAUUGUCAAUGGAGAUAUUCGAGAGGAAAGUGACACUUAUGCAUAUAGACAUGUUGUCACCUAUAAAUGUGCCAGAGGUUUCAUCCUGGUUGGAAAGAGUUCCAUUUAUUGUGCUGUGAACAAUGAACAAGGAGAAUGGAGUGACCCGCCACCUCAGUGCAUAGAGAAAUCCAAGAUCCCAACAUCUAUGAAACCAACAACAGUUAAUGUUCCAAGUACAAGAGUUCCAUUAACGCCUCAGAAACCUACCACAGAUAAGGUUCCAGCAACUCAGCAUGUACCUGCUACCAAGACAACCACACAUCAUCCAACAAGAACAUCUAAAGAGAAAGGGUCUACCUCAGAUGGUGGCCAUCUUCUAUAUGGACUUGUUGCUGGUAUUGUAGUGAUUGAUAUCAUAAUUAUAGCCAAGACUUCUUGGACCCUUUUAAAAUCAGACAGAAGCUCUGACUUCCAAGGAAAGAAGAGUGAUAUCCCAGUGUGAGAAGAGAGCAAAACCCCACCCUUUCUCCAUCUGUCCACUCUGUGUGGGUGGGUGUACCAUGGAUUAGAUGAUGGCUGCCCA